AUGCUAAUCUCCAGUGUGGCACUGAGUCAUCUGACAGGUCGUGCAUCACCUUCUUUCCUGUUUGAGUUCUGGCAGCCCGUGGUUUAUGGCAACGAUGCCCUGGGGCAGGACCCGAGAGGGCUCAGUGGAGCACGAGAGGGUGAGGUGGCGGGAGACAGCUCGGGGCCCAGGGCACCUGAGAGGUGGGGGGCCAGGGAGGGCGGGAGGGAGGCCUGGAGAGGUCUUGGUUCCAAAGACAUCGAGUGGCUUGUGGGCUCCGGGUCACAUGAGGCCGGCAGAGCCCAGGAGGAGAGAGACCCAGAGGGAGGGACAGCGUCCAGACAGUUCUCACCCCAAGGUGUGGGUGGCAGGCAUUUUCCUUCCCAAGGAGCGAAAGCUGGCCUAGAGGAUGUUUCUGCCACACCUCCCCAGUACAUUCGGCGGGUGGGGCUGGGCCUCCCGGGACGUGCGCUGUCCUGCCGGCGGCACACAACCUGGACAGGAGGCAUCCUUACCUCCCUCAGUUUGGGCUGA